CCCAGUCUCUAGCGCUGCUCCUGCGACGCCAGGAAAGCUCUCGAGCGAGCUCCACGAGAUGGCAGCAGCCACGACCGCCGCCGCGGCGCUGAGCAUGAAGCUCCUCAUCGACCGGAAGGCGCAGCGGGUGCUGUUCGCGGAGGCGAGCAAGGAGGUCGUCGACUUCCUCUUCUCCCUCCUCGCCCUGCCCGUCGCCACGGCCGUCAAGCUUGUCGGGAAGGACGCCAUGGUCGGGUGCGUCGGCAACCUCUACGCCAGCGUCGAGAAGCUCGACGGCACCUACGUCCAGGCCGGCGCCGCCAAGGACGCGCUCCUCUCCCCCACCGUGGUCUCGCCGGCGGCAAGCGCCAACAGCUCCCUCCUCCGUCUGCCGGAGCCGUCGUCUGUGAAGCCGAAGACCUUCUACAGAUGCAUCAGCACUAGCUACGGCAACUGCCGCGCCUACAUCACGGACGACUGCGGUAAGUCGUGCCCGACCUGCCGCUGCUCCAUGACGACGGCAGCGCAGUACCUCCCGUCGGCGGGGGCCGAUGGCUCCGGUGGCGGCCAGGUGGUGCCCAAGGGCGGGGAAGGGUUCGUGCAGGGCAUCGUGACGUACAUCAGUCGUUAA